CUGAUCUAUUUGGGAAGUUGGCUGGCUCUCAAGGCAGAGUCUCUUCUCAAAGGCUGUUUCACAGUGAAAAUAUGCUCAGUGCAGCCGAGUGCAUGAAUGAAAAAGCCUCUGGUACGUUCUAGUCUGGCAAAAUGCAGCACAAAACUCAACUUACUCUGUCCUUUCUGCUGUCCCAGGUUCUGUUGCUUGCGUGUGCAGAAGAUUUAGAAUGCACCCCUGGAUUCCAGCAAAAGGUUUUUUAUAUUGAACAGCCAUUUGAAUUCACAGAGGACCAGCCAAUUCUGAACCUGGUGUUUGAUGACUGCAAGGGGAAUAACAGAUUGAACUUCGAAGUUUCUAACCCAGACUUUAAGGUGGAACACGACGGGUCUUUAGUUGCACUGAAGAAUGUAUCAGAAGCUGGCAGAGCUUUGUUUGUCCACGCACGAUCUGAGCAUGCUGAGGAUAUGGCAGAAAUUUUGAUUGUUGGAGCUAAUGAGAAGCACGGUGCAUUAAAGGAAAUCUUUAAGAUAGAAGGCAACCUUGGAAUUCCAAGACAAAAAAGGGCUAUUCUGGCGACUCCAAUAUUAAUUCCAGAAAAUCAAAGAUCACCAUUUCCCAGAUCAGUUGGCAAGGUCAUCAGGAGUGAAGGGACAGAGGGAGCAAAGUUCCGACUCUCUGGUAAAGGAGUAGAUCAAGACCCGAAAGGAAUUUUUAGAAUCAAUGAGAUCAGUGGGGAUGUCUCUGUGACCCGAUCCCUGGAUAGAGAAGCAAUAGCCAAUUAUGAGCUGGAAGUUGAGGUAACAGAUUUAAGUGGGAAAGUCAUCGAUGGCCCAGUCCGCCUGGAUAUUUCAGUUAUUGAUCAAAAUGAUAACAGGCCCAUGUUCAAAGAAGGACCCUAUGUUGGUCACGUCAUGGAGGGCUCCCCUACAGGAACAACUGUGAUGCGGAUGACGGCAUUUGAUGCUGAUGAUGCUAGCACAGACAAUGCUCUUCUGAGGUAUAACAUCCUCAAGCAGACACCUACCAAACCUUCCCCAAAUAUGUUCUAUAUUGACCCAGAAAAGGGAGAUAUUGUCACAGUGGUGUCACCCGUACUGCUGGAUCGUGAGACAAUGGAAACUCCAAAGUACGAGCUGGUUAUUGAAGCCAAGGAUAUGGGCGGCCAUGAUGUGGGACUUACUGGAACUGCAACUGCCACUAUUGUUAUUGAUGACAAAAAUGACCACCCACCAGAAUUUACCAAGAAGGAGUUUCAGGCCACAGUAAAGGAAGGAGUCACGGGUGUGAUAGUAAACUUAACUGUUGGUGACCGAGAUGACCCAGCAACUGGAGCAUGGAGAGCUGUCUACACUAUUAUUAACGGAAAUCCAGGGCAGAGUUUUGAAAUCCAUACCAAUCCCCAGACUAAUGAGGGAAUGCUCUCUGUUGUCAAACCUUUAGACUACGAGAUUUCAGCAUUUCACACAUUGCUGAUAAAAGUGGAGAAUGAAGACCCACUGAUUCCAGACAUAGCAUAUGGCCCCAGUUCCACAGCAACAGUUCAGAUCACCGUUGAGGAUGUGAAUGAGGGCCCUGUUUUCCACCCAAAUCCAAUGACAGUGACAAAGCAAGAGAACAUCCCUAUUGGCAGCGUUGUGUUAACAGUAAAUGCCACUGAUCCAGAUACUUUGCAGCAUCAGACUAUCAGGUAUUCGGUUUACAAGGAUCCAGCAAGCUGGCUAGAGAUUAAUCCUACCAAUGGUACCGUUGCCACCACUGCUAUCUUGGAUCGGGAAUCUCCUCAUGUUCAGAAUAACAUAUACACUGCUCUCUUUUUGGCAAUAGACAGUGGUAACCCUCCUGCUACAGGUACAGGAACUUUACACAUCACCUUGGAAGACGUCAAUGACAACAUCCCAUCCCUUUACCCAACGCUGGCAAAAGUCUGCGAUGAUGCUAAAGAUCUCAGAGUAGUGGUACUAGGAGCAUCAGACAAAGACCUCCAUCCCAACACAGAUCCGUUUAAAUUUGAACUGAGUAAGCAAUCUGGCCCAGAAAAGUUGUGGAGAAUCAACAAGCUUAACAAUACUCAUGCCCAGGUCGUCCUGCUUCAAAACCUGAAAAAGGCCAAUUACAACAUCCCAAUCUCAGUGACAGAUUCUGGAAAACCACCUCUGACUAACAACACAGAACUGAAAUUACAAGUGUGCUCCUGCAAGAAAUCCAGAAUGGACUGCAGUGCAAGUGAUGCCCUUCAUAUCAGCAUGACUCUUAUCCUUCUUUCACUCUUCAGUUUAUUUUGUAAGUCUUUUCCUUAAGUGUAAGCAAUGAAUGUUUUUUAUCUACUUGUUUUUGCACUGUAAGAAACCUUACUUAGAGAGACUUUAUUUUUUCCCCAAGGAAGAUGCUCUACAGAAGUAGGAGGGAAGGGAUUUUUCACAGUCAAAGAACAGCAACAAAUGCCUGGGUGUCAAAUUAAGAAAUAGAAGCAAUAAUUCUAGGAAGAAUCAAAGAGAAUUAAAGCUAGCAUAUGAUAAACUUAGAAGUACCAGCUGUAGUAACAGAUUUCUGAGAUGCUUUCUUUCAUCUCUCCCCACUUGAAUUCAAUUCAAAGGCAGAAACUGGAGAUUAAAAGGUGUUCUUGUAAUAAUAACUGUUCUGGGUCACCAUGAAAAUGAGUACCGUCUGCUUCCAUCUAUUUGUCCGUGAAGUGCGCAAGCAAUUGGAACAUAAGGAACUUAUUCAAGAUUCUGGGCUUAGAGACAUUCAAACUGAUAACCAGAACAGCAAGUCUGUGUUGAGGGAGAGAGAACUGAUGCAUAAAGGAAGCUUCUGCUGCUUCAGUGAAAGCUUUCUAGAAGUCUUAUGAAAUUCCUAAUCUGAACUAGCGGUUUAAAAAAAUAGAAAUCCCCAGGUGACUGAAGGAUAGGAACUUAAAACAAUAGACUUCCAUAUACAUCCAAACUGGAUGUGUCCCUGGCUUGCUUUGUAACAGUUUUCUGCCAGUUUUUAAUGUGCUUUUAUUUUAAGUUCCUUAACUGCUGAAAAGGAAUUUCUGUGUCCUAUAGCUGUGGUAGAAAAUCUGUUAUUUGAGGACUAUUACCAUCAUAUAAUGUUAGCAAAAUGCACUGUAUGGUGAAUUAACUCCCAAGCUACGGUGAAAGGCCUUAUGUUCUUGAUGAAGUACAGUCUACCAUUAGACAGAGAUGGAGGCCAAGACAGUUUACACAUCUGAGGCUUUGUGCAUGCUUGAUUACAUAUCUUCUCAGGUGUCUUUUUUUCCUAUAGUAUAUUACUUUUAUCCUAGAAGGUCAGCAUGAAGGUUAUUGUGAGAGAACUAGCUAAUGUUUGUGAUGCUCUCUGAAGAUGAAAAGGACUAUAUAAAUGCUAAGUGAAAAUUCCCAUUCUUUGUUCUCAUCAGCGACAUCUGGCUUUGGUUCAGUUAUUCUGGGUUUAGUCAACUAGAAACAAAUGCAGACUUCAGCUGUUAGAAGUAAUAUGUUAGAAAUAUGUGACUGUACAUGACAGCAUUACAUCAGUGAUAGGAAGAUGCAGCCCAUUGCUUCAAAUACAUUCUCAUUACCCCUUCAUAAAUGUUGCUGUUGCUAUACUAAACAUGACUUUCAUUACUGGGCUAACAUUCCUGGACAUGAUUUGUACUUGAACUUUAUUUACAUUAUUGCAUCAGCUCAGACUAUAGGGUAGAGAAAAGCAUUUUGCUUUUGAAAGUAUUCAUGUUGCUGUUUUCUAGCCCUAAUUAUAAGGAGCCAUUAAAAAGCAGUUCCAGGUUUUGGAAAAUGCUUCUUGAGCUGCUCUUUUUGACUACAGAUCUUCUCCAGCUGAACUGUGGGCAGAAUAUUGGCCCCUACGAUCAGAAUGAUGCUCCAUGCUCAGACUGAUAGAGGGAUUCCCCCUCCUACUGUAAAAGAAUAAGCAGCACUGAAUUGUCCUGACAUGUCUGUGCUGUUUCCUAGUGCACUGAGCCUUUUGACAACCUUAGAGUUGUAAUUUCAACCCGAGGUUGAAGUAAGAUUCUGUACAUAAUCUGCCAGCAGUUUGUUCUGUGCUGUGCACCGGUCUUUUUCCUAAGCAAAACCAAAACAGGGACACGGCAGGUGAGUUGAAGGGACAAGGAAGGAAGGAUCUCCUUCUUUAGAAAGAGAAUGUUUGGUAUGUUUUUGGAUGAUGCAUAUGAGAGUAUUAAUUCCCUAGCUAGGCUUCAGCAUAGAGAGACCUAACCCCUGGUGUUGGACUGCAUUCUUUUUUUUGCUAAAAUUUGCACUAUGUGGUUGUGUGUUUUGGGUUCAUCCAGAGGCUCGUACUCCUUGUCCGGCACAGUCAUCUUCUCAUGCUUGUGCAAAGCCAGGAAGCAUAGCAGUUAUUUUUCUCAGGUAUAUAUGACUACAUGGAGACAUGAAAGAAUGGUGCCAGGAGCCAGUUUAAAUAACGUGGUUCUGUAUUUGAACUUCCAUAAAAUGUGCUGAUAUCACUGCAUUUCAAAUUCAUUAUCAGACACAGCUCUUUUAUAACCGUGAUUAGUUCCAUCACAAUGUUUAGUCUAGUCCAAAUAUUUAUCAUACUAAUCAAAGAUUAUGAUGCCAUAAAAACAAAAAAGAACUUUAAUGCUUAUUGAACAGAUGAAAUAUCCCAUUUCUAGUGGUAAGUUAUGGGUUUAAUUUUUGCAAAAGCCCUUACGAGGCUUAGUUUGCUCCCAGUGUUUAUCUUUUAUGAGGCUCUUGUUCCUAGGAGGUAAAUCCUUCAGUCAAACGAACUUUGUUGUUCAUGCCAAAGUAUGUCUUUUUGUAUUUGACAUCUGGUGUGAGGAUAGAUAGCCCUAUGAAAGAGCUGUUCGUGAUGAAAGUGCCCUGCACGAAUCUCCUCCCUAUACUAAACAUAUUGGUAUUAUCAUUUAAAUGGUACAAGUAUUAUCUACACUUGGAAUAUGUGCUGCUUUUCUAAGUCAUGGAAGAAGACACGUAUGGCAGAUUUUUGAAGUAACAGCAUAGAACUGAACAGCCUGAUUAAAACUAUAACGCAUGCAAAAAGUGCCACCUAUUCUGUAGCUGCCUGUGGUGUUCAGAAUACUGAGGGAUAUUGAGAUGCAGACUAUAGAGUUGCCCAGAAGCCCUUGGAAAGGUAAAUAUACUUCAAACAAGAAAAGCUUAGGAGCUCUUCCCAGCUUAAAUAGGAAAUGCAGGAUACUGGUGUAUAUGGGCAGUAUACGUUGCUAUUCCACAACAAAGCAAUAAGAUGUUUGGUGGUAUUGUAUGUAGAUGGUAGCUACAGAGUCUAUUGGGGGGGAAAGAGCUUCUUUGUAUAUUGUGUAUGUACACUAACUUACAUUAAUAUGAGAGUCGCUGAACUGCAGCUGGUAUGACACAUUAUUGGCAGAUACAGGGCUGUCCAAAGUUAUAGUGGUUAAUGCUAAUAAAUAUUGGAAAGAAUAUUAAAUCUCAUGUCACUACCGCGGGCACCGUGUUUCAAACAAGACUUAGUGUAACAGCAUCUUGUCCUUUUGUCAGCUUUUCCUAGCUGCAGCUGCAGAUAAGACAGGACCAAUUUGUUUCACAUACAAUUUAGAAUUUUAGUAAUUCAGAGUGAGGAAAAAGAAAAGAGAGGGUUCACUGUUUCCUAGUGAAAAAGAAGGACUACUAUUACUACUAUCAGUUACUUGAGGAGGAUGAGUUGGAGAAAAAGAAGGUAUGUUAGCAAGCUCGUCUGGUGUUGAGUCUGAGAUUGUCUGUGUGUGUUGUUCCUUACUGCUGUAUGGCCUCAGUUGUUGGUUUAGUUGUUUCUUUUUUUAAUGUGUGGUGUCAUUUUUGUUUGGUUGUGGUAAUCUGACAGGUUGACUACAAAGGUUUAGGUUAACUUGAACAUAAUAAGUAAAAUAUUCCUUACUAUGAAAAGAAAACAAGGUGACAGGCUGGGGGGAAGUACUGCUAUGAAGUAAUUAGAUGAGCUGCAAGUCUCUGCAUUGGAAUUCAUUUGCUAAACUGAGGGUGAAAGGCCGCAGGUAUGUCAAAAAUCAGGAGACUUGUGCAGAUGUCAGUGCUGUGAUUGCAUAGAUGCCUUGAAGACACUCCUGAAUUUAACUUCUUAUUAUUAAUUGCCCUAAUUUUUCCUCUUUUAAUUCUUGCCGUCUCUUACCAUAGUAUUUUUCAUAAUACGUUUCUGAUUUGAAGAAUACAGUAGUAGUGUCAACAGACAAAAUGUUUGGCUUUUCUUCCUUGAAAGUCAGGUCUGGUAUAAAGUAAGUCAUUACAAACAAUUAAAUGUUAUUAGCAGAGUUGAAUUUAUCUGAACAUACAGCUGGUACUGCAGCAUUUUCUCCCAGUAAUUUCAUUUUUCAAAGGAACAGGAGCACCAUCUGUAUCUCUUUGUACAUCCUACAUUAUUUUAUGCAGGACCAUCAAGUGUUUCAAGACCAAAGCAAUGCAUUCUUGAGUGGCAUGAGAUGGUUUGAGGGUUAAGGGAGCAUAGUCUGUCCUGACAGGAGUCUCACUUGUAACACAGACAUCUGUGCCCAGUCUUCUAAUUUCUCUGCAGGUGUACUCUGUCCUGUUGUGCACUGGGCUUUGGGAGCCCACCUAAAGUUAAUGGGGCUUGAAAUGGCACAGAAGUCCAUAUGUACAUAUAUAAUUGGAGAGAGGAUGUUUAUACACCUACUCAUGUAGAUAUGACAAAUGGAAAUACCUUCAAAUUAUACAUAAACAUACUUAAAAUGUACUUAAUGAGAUCAAAUUUUACUGAGUCAAUUAGGUGGGAAAUGGUGUUUUAUGCAUAUUUUAAGCCAUCCAAACACAUUCUAGAAGUAUAGCUCUGGAGAAAAAACACUGCACUUUAGAAGCUGUGUGUUUGGAAUGUAGAACAGAAAAAUAAUACCAGCAAAUACAGCUACUUCACUAAAAGCUGUAAUAUUGUUCCUGAUGGUCAUUCUGUAGACAUGAAAUGAACAUUUAAAGAGAUUAGUUUGAUAGACCAUUCAGUGGCAUGAAUUCAAAUGAACAUUUUAUGUUUUCAUUUUCACAGUAGUAACCAUUGAUAUAUAAUAGUUUGUGUUUCUUUUCAGAAGAGCUUAAAGUCAGCUAAAUGCUGUUCUGGAGUGGACUAUGACUAAAAACUAGAACUGAACAGAUGCCCACUGAAUACUUUUUUCUGUCUACAAUAGCAGCUACACUUUUUGUUGCUGUUUUCUUAUUUCUUCUAACAUCCUUUGCUAUUUACCUACCUCACCACAUCCCAACAAAUGGGACACGCUGCAUGCUGACAACUUGCUAUUCACUUGUAUGUAAUACUGAAGGUAUACCUAAAGGUUAGGUGGCAUUGCUUUUUUGCUUCUCAUUAAUGUCUGGACUAUUUCAGACCUACAUCUUAAAACCCUAUCUUACCCAUGCAAACAGUCUCUGUAUGGCAUCGCUGAGUAUUCACACUUGUUGCACUUACAAAUUCCUCUUCAGCAUCUUUGAAAUACAGCCUGGUAAAUUUCAGUGUUAGCCAAACCUGACAGUUUGUUUUUCUUUUCUCCUCUUCCACAGCUUCAAAGCAUUACUAUUUUCCACUCAUUAUUAUUCUUGCUUAGUAAGAGUUUCUUUUAGAUGAUUCUUUUAGUAUUUCAAGCUGGGAAUUGGGUACACCUGCAGAUCUGAACGUGUCUGGACUAUUUAGGUUCAUGUUCAACUUCUUAGAAAAUGAUAGUCAACUACCCUGUGCUGCUGUGGCAAUUGAGAUCUGACUGCCUAAGCAGUUACACGUUGCCUUAAAAGGCCGCCUAGGUGGGUGUUCUUUAUGCACUUCAUUUUCAGUUUACGUAUGAAAGAUUAGAUUUGUUCAAUAUUACUAUUUCAAAACUGUAUUACUCAUUUCAUUUGCUGCAUAUUUUCAACUGUUCAGCUAAAUUUAUCAGAUUAGAGCAUCAGAAAAUGUAUUUCCAGUCUGCAGGUAAUCACCUCUCUACUUCUUCUGUUUUCAUUAAACUGGCAAAGAAAGGAAGUGUUUGUUUGCUAUUGGUCAAACAAAGCUGGCAUUGUUCAGGCAAAGCAUCCAGCUAAAAUCCAUACCAACUUACUUAAAAUAAAUAAAAGGAAAAAAAACCCAAACAUCAACAACUUAGCUGCUGUAUCACAGGAUUUACUUCACACCCACCCCCAAUGAGAUGCAUGAAGUCCAUGACAAAUAGGAGUUGAGCAAGACAAACAUAGUACACGCUACUAGAACUUCAGAGCAGACAUGAGUAGCCUUUUAGUUAAUGAAUUUUCUCUCAGAUGAAUGUGUGUUAGUACUACACAUGCACAUAAAUUUUGUGUGUCAUGAAGUCAACCCAAUGCAAAGUUAGUGUGAGUACAUGACAAGGAGAAGCAGAAACAAGGAUUCAGCAGUGAGUAAGGCUCAUGUGAGAAGUUACAAGAGUAAGACUGCUUUGAUGUAAAAUCAGUGCUGUUCCAGCUCUGCCAGAAUAGUCCUACUGUAAGUUAGUAGUGAUACAAACACUGACACUACCGCUGUGGAAAUUUACCUAUGUCAAAUCAACCAGUGAUGUACAUGAAAACCAUUUCUGUUUUUCUAAGUUCUACAUGAAAGCUAUAUUAAUAGCUGUGUAUCUAAUUAAUUAAUGCCCUUUUUUAGCUGCUAAAGUCAGAAAAGAAGUACCUGAAUGUUGAUUAACUGCCUAAUCAGAAACAUGGUUCUGAUCUCUUCUACCAUUUUUCCAUUACCCCUUUAACAUUACUGAGGUUUCGAUAAAGUCCAUGAUGUAAUGCAGACUUCUAAUUAAGCGAAGAUUAAUGUAAUAUUUCUGAUGAGAAGGUAAUUAAAGGAAAUCUAAAGAAA